AUGUCUGAAGCUGAUGAACGUGCUGCAAAGGCAGCGCGAGCAAAAGCCAUGCUCAAGAAACGUCAAGCUGCGGCGGCGAAGAAAGUUGGUUCUGGUUCUGAGAGAGCUUUCUCUCCAGCGCCGUCUGAACCUCCGGCACAGGUGGAGAAGGAGAAGCCUAGAGAUAUGAGUGACGUGUUCGGAAACGAUGAUUUGACAUCAGGAGACACGACCUGGUUAUCUUCGUUGACCAGAGCUCCAUCACCACCACCGGUCCCACCAGCAAUAACGAGUCCUACAUCACCACCUCUGUCAUUAACUUCCGCCACUUCACCACCACCACAGACAUCAAUACCAUCAAAUGGACACGUCGAUGAAGAGUUACGCCCAGAGAGCGAAUCUUCGAAGGAUGGGCUUGGGGAGUUGGAUAUUCUCAAAUCGCGAAAUGAUUCGUUACAGGCAGAAGUGGAAGCACUCAAGUCCGAACGUGAAGCUGCGUUUGGAAAAUUAAACACGCUCACGACACGUUUUGGGGAAUUAGAAGCAAUGAAAGAGAAAAGUGAAGCUUCCAAGGUUGAGGUGGUAAAAAAUUUGGACACGAUUAAGACCCAACUCCAGAAAUCGGAGUCACUACUCAAGGAAGAGCAACAUCAGUCACAGCAAUUGAGAGAACGCGUGGAGCAAAUUCAGGCUGAAAAGGAUAAUUCAAUACGGAACGAGCAAAGAACAAUUUCUCUGUUGGUAUCCGAGAAGUCUGCACUGACAUCGGAACUAGAACGAUUGGGAGAUGUAGAUGCAAAGGCGCAGAACAUUGAAGACCAACUUGCCCAGGAACAGGAGAAAUCAAGGAAUUGGGAUGUGCAACUUGAGGAACUGAAAGCUGAAAUGCGAAAUACUUCAACUCGAAACCAGGUACUCCAAGUCAAGGAGAAAGAGUUGACAGAGAAGUCGAGGGAACAGGAAAGGCAGUUGCAGCUUGCUAACGGAACUAUCGCUUCGUUGAGGAAGGAAUCAGAGGCUCAUCAACGAAAAGUGAAAGAGCUAGAGGAACAAAUAGAAAGCGACGACCGUGCGGAAAAGCUGGAAGCAUCGUUAAAGAACACUCAAGACCGGGCAGACGAACUAGAAUUCCAACUCUCCAAACUGAAGCGGGCCCACACCGAUCUGAAGACCGAACGUGAAGAUCUUGAAUCUCGAUUGAAUAACCAUCGUGACGGUGAAGAUGUGUGGAAAUCCAAGCAUUCCGAUCUUGAACAACAACAACAUUCACUUCAACAACAGCUCACGACUGUGAGUUCAGAGAAGGAUACCUUACUGCAAGAGAAAUCUACCCUCGAAACCGAGGUCGGGAAGGCUCAAGAAAUGCUGGCUUUAUUGCAAGGCAAACUGAAGCAAGCUGCAGAGGACUUAGCUGUCAGCACCCACCAUCUCAAAGCUGCGCAGACCGAGGCGAAGAAUGCUAUACGUCGUGCGGAAGAUGCUGAGCGCACCCAGAAGGAUCUCCAGAGUGAAGGCAUGAACCUGAUGCAUUCUCUAGACGAAAUGCGACCGAAGAUCGUCGAAUUAACAGGUGCCAAGCUGGAAUUAAGUGAAAUGGUGGAAGGGUUGGAGCGGGCGUUGAGCAACCGUGAUCAGGUUAUUUCACAGUUAGAAGUCUCUCUUCAGGAUGUCAGGGACGAAAAGGAGAUGUUGGAGAAACAAUGGCAAGACAUGUUGUCAGAGAGGGAAAAGGAACGGACGAAUGCAGAAGAUAGCUCGAAUGAACUCCAAAAGGCCUACGAUAAAUUGCAAGAAGAAUUAGACUCUGCAUUGGCUAGUGUUCAAUCCCUCGAGAGUAAUCGUGCCCAGAACCAUCAGGAUGCAGGCCAGAGGUUGCAGGAGGUCGAAAGGUUGACGAUUCUCACAAUAUCGCAGUCUGAGGAACUUGCAGCUUUGAAGCAGGAAGUGGAGCAGAGGAGCAGUGAACAGGCAGAGGGAGAAGGCUUUAUAGAGCGUGCGCAGAAUGAGAUCGAGAUACUUCGUCAAGAAUUAAACACCAAAGACGAAGAGAUCCAGCGACUCAAGGGAACAGUAGGAACCACCGCAAAUACCUCUCCCCGCUCCCUCGAUGACGAGAUGUUAGGAUCAUAUAAGCAACAGCAUGAUCUUGAGUUAUCUGCCGCACAGUCUCACAUACGGUCAUUGGAAACUGCUCUUUUCGAUGCUGAAGCUCGCUCUCAUUCACUUACCAAGCAAGUUUCAGCUCUUGAAGGUCAACUUGCUUCCUACGUGCACCACCGUAGUUCACCACCUGUACCCUCCCGUCCUUCUAGCCAGCAUAGCAACGACCUGCAUCGUGCAGCGGUCACCUCGUCCUCGAGAUUGAACCCAUCAUCAGCUAUAAUUAGGCGUACAUCUCCUGCGUAUGAGCAAAACUUGUCUCCCGAGACGAGGCAUAAACGGAAAGUCAGUCUCAGCAUGCUGAAAGCCAGGAUUGACAGAGAGCUGGUUGCUACAUCGCAAACACACUCACGGUCAAUGUCACCAGUACCUUCUGUGGCUGGCUCGAACGACGGAAGCCUCUCGCAGAGAUCGAGACCGUCGACUGCAAUGGGUAUCAAAUCACAGGGGCUGCAUGUACGCCCACAAUUUUUGGAUGACUCGCAUGUGUUUUGGUGUAGUUCCUGUCGUGGAGACUUGGUUGUUCUUUGA